ACUUCCGUAAUUAGUCUUUCCGGUUUAUUAAAUUUGUUGACUGCUGUAAAAAGUUGUAAAAUAUUUCUUUGUUAAUUUAAUAUUAGGUCAGCCUGUUGCUGGCACAUGUACUCAACACAAGGCUAAGAAGUCACCAAUGAUACUGUGGAUUAAGCUGCAGUAAAAAGGACCUACUUGGGCUGUGGCUCUCAAGUAUCUGGCUUAAAAUGGACAAAGCAGCUCGAGCUGUCAGGAGGAGCAGCAUCAGGCUGAUGUCUUUGGGUGGAGGUCACACUGAUCUUCAGGUCCUCUUAUCAGAGGUCAAGGACAUGCGCAACACUGCUAAGGCAUUUAUGAAUGCUCAGAAUGCAGUGUCUCAAGACUUCUUGAAAUGGGCUGUCAAUGAGGAGAACAGAGCUCUUCAGGACGUAGCUAACCAGCUGGCUGAACUCAACUUGUUGUGGACUGAAGUACAGAGAGAGUUUGGAGAACACUUGAAGGAGUACAGGUACAUGUUUGAAAUGAUUUUAGAAGGGGAAAAGCAUGUGGCACAAUCCAAGAAUAAUUUUGCAGCCUGCGAACAGCGUGAAAUUAAAGUCCGCAAAGAAUUAAAGAAGGCUUUCAAGAAGAGAUCAAGCUCUGAGAUUCAAACACUAGAAGGGAGACUAUCCCAGGCAGAGAGAGCUAAGGACUUGGCACAGAUUGAAGUCACUGACAGGAUCAGAGAGAAUGAAGCUGUCAAGCUUAUAAGGUUGAAGGAAGGGCUGAUGAAACUUUCUCAGGCCUACUCAGAUUUUGCCCGCAAGUGUACUGUAGUCUUUGAUGCCCAGCAAGAUAUUGUGCAACAACUCCCAGAUGUUUUAGACCAAGACCUGGAAGAUAUCAAAUAUACAGGUUCAGGUGUAACCAGGUUUAAAGUGCAGCAAGCAAAAGAAAAAGUCCACAGCUAUAGACGAACCAGAGAGCAUUACUCUAUACACCAAAAGUUUCACGAGCCACCUCCCCCGUACACUGCUAACGAGGACCAGUACAGUUCUUCCAUCUACACAUCCUCCCGCACAAGCUCCCCCAGAAGGAGAGUGACUACUGCUGCUGACAACCCACCAGCAUUUGAGAACCACUACUCUAAGGCAUCCCUGGCCCUUCAGGCAAUGACCUCCCCCCCACCUGUGGCCCCUGAAGGCCCAGCUGACUCCAUCAUAUCAAUGCUUCCUGCUGCCAGACCUGAUUCACCUGGCUUAACUUCUGCCCAGGUGCUCUCAACACCUGCUGUGCUUACCUCACCACCACCUGCGCUGCCUAAGGCAGACGACAGGGACCUGGUACAAGCAUCCUUGACCUUGCCAGUUGGUCCUUCAGUCGCCAGAUCUCACAGCGCUGGCCUGGUAGAUUUUAACCCCGACUGGGACAACAGUUAUGAAGAGGAUCUGUCAGGGGCUAUGGGAGGGACGAAGAUUUGAGAUGACUAAGGUAAAAGUUAUGAGGGGGUGAGGAGUCUAAGGUGAGAACUAAGAUUUUUA